UAUUAUCAGUAAAAGUUUAUAGUGGAGAUUAAGUCAUCUGUUCUUUCUGAAUUGGAUUUUUACUGUUUAAUGUUGCAAUCAUGACUAAAAUUUCUAUGUUACUUUUAUUUUUUGUUUUAAUUUCUAUUAUUGGAACUUCAAUUUCAAGAACGAUUUCAAGACCAGUGGGUAGAAAAGUUCUUUUAAUAUCCUUUGAUGGAUUUCGAUGGGAUUAUUAUAAAAAUUACAAUACUCCUAAUUUGGAUUAUUUGGCUAAAACAGGAGUUCAUGCUCCUAAUGGUAUCUUGGCAUCUUUUGCUACUAAAACAUUCCCUAAUCAUUAUUCUAUAAUUACAGGUUUGCAUCAAGAAAGUCACGGAAUUGUAGACAACACCAUGUAUGAUCCUGUUUUCAACAAAAGUUUUAGAAUGCAUAAUACUAAGGAUUCGGCAUGGUGGGGAGGAGAACCAAUUUGGGUGACAGCACAUAAACAGGGUAUUAGAAUAGGAGUAUAUUUUUGGCCCUCUUCGGAUAUUGAAAUUCAAAAUAUUCGUCCGAAUUACUUUUUUAAGUAUAAUAUUAAAACCCCUUUCGAAAAACGUAUAAAUACGGCAGUAAAUUGGUUGGCAAAUGAUCAAGUUGAAAUUGCUCUAGUGUAUUUUAAUCAACCAGACAAUAUUGGUCAUAAAACGGGUGCCAUGAGCGAAGGAGUUAGAAAAACAGUAGAAUCUUUAGAUAAACUCGUAGGAUUUUUAUUAGAAAAACUUUUAGAAAAGUUUCUUUUAGAUCGAGUUAAUUUAAUUAUUACUAGUGACCAUGGAAUGGCAAAUAUUACAAAGAAAGAACAUUUAAUUGUUUUGGAGAAAUAUGUUCAUUUAAAAAAAGAAGUAAAAUGGAUUCCUGCGGGUGGACCUGUAGUUGGAAUUUUACCUCAGGAAGGUAAAUUAGAUAUAGUAUAUAAUAAAUUAAAACACGCUCAUCCUAAUAUGAGUGUAUACAAGAAAGAAGAGAUUCCAGAAAGGUGGCAUUAUAAAAAUCAUAGGAGAAUAAUGCCAAUCCUUGCAGUUGCAGAUGAAGGGUAUUUAAUUGCUAGGAAAUAUAGACAAAACAGUACUUUGGGUCAACAUGGUUAUGACAACAAUUUAACUUCUAUGCGACCCAUAUUCUUCGCUCGAGGGCCAGAUUUUAAAGAGAAUUACAAAACAAGAAGUUUCGAUAUAACAAAUAUUUAUCCAUUGAUCUGCUAUUUACUUGGAAUAAAUCCAGCACCUAACAACGGUUCUCUAACUGAAGUCAGCCAUAUGCUAAGAACUGUUUGAAGCUUAAAACGUUAUAAAGUUAUCCAUUCAACGUUUCUUCUUCAUUAUAAUUUGUAAGUCGUAAGGGAAAUUUGUUCAGCACCGGAUAAAAUUAUCCGUGUCUUUUUAUUGCCAGAUAUUUACCGGUUAUCUCCACGAUUGUUCAAGUAAGGCUUGCAAGCUAAGUUCCGAUUUGUAGUCAGUACAAUCUGGGAAAAGAUAUUUGUAUAUGAUGCAUUUCUUGUUGCAUCUGUGAAGUAUUUAAAGUUUGUACUGUUUUUUUUUUUUUCGGUUACUGUGUUAUUACUGAGUGAGGAUAUAAUGUAUAUCAUAGCAUGUUAGUUUUCCAGUAUCAGACAAGGACAAAAAUACAUUUUAUUAAUACAAAUCUUCAUCAGUCACUUUUGUUUUUCCUUUCUAGUCCAUGAUGUCAAUUUUGAAGUGAUUUCCAGAAAGUAUUUGAACAAAUCUCCCCAAAUUUUAAAUGAAACAAGCAGAGAUUCUAAUCUCAAUUCCUUUAUAGAAUUGAAGUUCGAAUUUUUUUACUCUGAAAAAACAAAAAAGGUUUAGUAAAUUUUAUUCAAGAGCCAAAUUUUAGGCUUAUAUUAAAUAAUAUAGAAGUCAAGUAAAUGUAGACUUUUACAUAUGAAAUUUGUGCUUGUAGAUUUUCCGUUUCUAAGGAACUUAGUGUUUUUUCUUAUCUUAUCGUGUUUUCGUUUUGGUGAAAUGAAAAUAAUGAUAAAAUCUAUUGAUUUAAAAACAUUUAAUGCCGUUUUAAGAAUUUUUCAUUUACAUUUCUAAUAUUUAUUCCAAUAUUUAGCACUCAUUUAACUUCUAAUAUAUAUCAGAUACCGGAAAACGUUUCUUGUGAUGAAUUUCAUAGCAUUUUUGUAUUUUAGUUUAGUUUACUACUAUUAAAAUAUAUGUCUAAUUAUAACGUGACAGUAUUACUUUUACGAUCCGCUUAACACUUUUUUUUUUACCAAAUUCGAAAAAACCUUAGGUGUCCGGUACUGGCAAACUUCCCCUGUAUAACAAUUUAUUUUAUAAAGAUGAACUGUAUAUAAACUAUGAAUAACAAAAAUUUGAAAUAAAAUACUCAAAUCUGUUCUCGUUAUUUAUACUUAUUUUAAAAAUAUAUAUAUAUUUUUACUCUAAAAAAGUAUAAAUGUAUAAUUAAUUUUAAUUAUUCUAAAUAUGGAUAUGAUCACCUUUGGAAUAUGUUAUUAAAAGUAAAGC